AUGGGGGGAGACCCAUCUCGGAGGAAUCAGAACUUGUAUUAUACCUAUCACAGAGAUAAAGGGCAUACAACCGAGCAGUGCCCAGUGUUGAAAGAUCAUUUAGGGCAGCUGGUGAAGGCAGGGUACUUGAAGGAGUUCGUGACGGAUUCUGGGAACCGAGGUGCUGGGCAAGGUGCCUCAUUGAGAGGAAAUCCCCUCCCACCGUUGCUGGGAGUGAUUGAAGUCAUCCAUGUUGCGCCAAAGAAUUUGGCAGUGACUGGGAAGGGGGUGCUGACUGUCGCACCUGUAGAGAAAUACUUAGACGAGCAACCUCUCGAAAAGAAAAUGAGAUUUGCUCGGGGACCUUUUGCUUUCGAUGAUAGCAAUCUAGAAGGGACGAUUAAGCCGCAUGAUGAUGCAUUGGUGGUGACGACUCGAAUAAGUGGUUUCCUAGUAAAGAGGGUGAUAAUAGAUUAG